UACGGUGCUCAAAGUGUGCUGGGAUCUAGUUCAGACACCAGUCUCGAGUUCCCAUUCGUCUCUCCUGCUCCCUCUGCCACUCCUCUGUGAUCUGUCUCCUGUUCUCUCACUCUUGCUUCAGCCUGUCCUUUUUCUUUUUUCCUUUCUCACCCCUGCACAUUAGUUAGAAGCAUUUAUCCUUUGCCGCUUUUCUCUCUUUGCAAUGUCUUCUUUUUGCAUUGCUUAACAGUCGCUUACCCUCAAGAUGGAUAUUGGAGGACUGACCACCGUGGUAGCAAAUUCUGCUUACAUCAAUGCUCGUGGAAGCAUCGAUGGCUCUAAUCCAGCAGCAGCUCGGGAUAAGAAGUACCAUGCUCGCCUCAAACUGCCCCACAUCACUGUGUGUGAGGGCCUGAGGGACACCUUAGAUUUAGCCUUUGACUCAGUCUGUGUCGAACAGCCGAUUGGCAAACGCGUCUUUAGGGAAUUCUUGGAUGCAAACCAAGAGUAUCAUGGGGCUUGUCGUUUGUGGAAAGACAUCGAGGACUAUGACCUGGCGGAAGACUCUGAAAGGGGCAAGAAAGCGUCAAAGAUAGUUCAGCGGUAUAUGGACCCCUCUGCCAAACACUACUGCCCGUUCCUCAGUGAGGACAUCAUAACGAAGGUCAAAGAAUGUCUUGAGGCUGUAGGUGAUGAUUUGUUUUCUGCAGCACUGGCCAAAACUUUGGACUAUCUGCGUGAGGCCCCCUACACUUUCUUCCUGGAGAGCAUGUACCUGAAGAGGUUCUUGCAGUGGAAAUGGCUGGAGAUGCAGCCCAUGGAUGAAGACUGGUUCCUAGAUUUCCGUGUGCUGGGGAAAGGUGGGUUUGGGGAGGUGUCUGCCUGUCAAAUGAAAGCCACUGGAAAACUGUACGCCUGUAAGAAACUCAACAAGAAGAGGCUGAAGAAGAGGAAAGGCUAUGAGGGGGCGAUGGUGGAGAAGCGUAUUCUUGAGAAGGUUCACAGUCGCUUCAUUGUGUCACUGGCGUACGCCUUUCAGACAAAGGAAGAGCUUUGUCUGGUCAUGACCAUCAUGAAUGGAGGAGAUCUCAAGUACCAUAUUUACCUGGUGGAUGAAAAUAACCCAGGGUUUGAUGAGCCUCGAGCCUGUUUUUACAUCGCUCAGAUCAUCCAGGGCCUGGAACACCUCCAUCAAAAAAGGAUCAUCUAUCGAGAUCUCAAACCAGAAAAUGUGCUGCUUGAUAAUGACGGGAAUGUACGUAUAUCUGACUUGGGUCUUGCUGUGGAACUAAAAGAAGGCAAAACAAUGACAAAAGGCUACGCUGGGACUCCAGGUUACAUGGCACCAGAGAUGCUAAAGGGAGAUAAGUAUGACACCUCGGUUGACUACUUCACUCUUGGAGUGACUUUAUAUGAGUUCAUGGCUGCUAAGAAUCCAUUUAGAAACAGAGGAGAGAAGGUGGAACGUGAGGAGAUGAAAGAGCGUAUGCUGACUCGGGUGGUGACCUACCCAGACAGUUUCAGUGAGCACGCAAAGUCACUGUGUGAUGGGCUGCUAGCCAAGGAAGUCGGUCAGAGGAUGGGUUUUAAGAAUGAAUGCUGUGAUGAAAUCAGAGCACAUCCGUUUUUCAGUGGCAUUAACUGGAGGAAGCUCAACGCAGGAAUUCUACCUCCUCCUUUUGUCCCUGACCCCAAAGUGGUGUAUGCUAAAAGUCUGGAUGAUGUCGGGGCAUUCUCCUCAGUGAAGGGGGUGAUCUUGGAGGAUCCCGAUAAGACCUUUUUUGAUGAGUUUGCCACGGGCAACAUCUCCAUUCCUUGGCAAGAGGAGAUGAUCGAUAUGGGAAUUUACGGAGAGCUCAACCUUUGGGGCCCUGAAGGCACCAUCCCCAACGAUCUCCGCAGGGAGUCCAUACUAGAGCAGCCAAAGUCAUCGACCUGCUGCUUAUCUUAGAGUCACUGAAACACGUGAACUGUAAAGCGCCCUGACUUUCUUUUCUUUAGAGCAUGCAGCAUGGGGACUCAAACACUCAGGACAGACACGAGUCUCUUCUGAACUUUCUGCUCACACACCGAUACAGUUUGCAAAUUUUAUUAUGUCGGCAUGGGAAGAGCAAGAACAGAGUGGAGGCGGACUUCCAGCCUGAAACAGACUUAAGCAUAGAUUUAAGUGUUGAAAAAUUCCAAUUUUUAACAGCAUAUCCUCUAUUGUCCCUUCAGUUUUUCCCUCACUGUCCCGCAUCUUCUCGUUCAGCAUCACUCUCUUCUCUUUAUGCAUGCAUGUGGUGAAUUAUUGUAAAGCUUUUAGAUGGAAAAUGUAUUUUAAAAACCCCAUUUUCGAGCAGGGGUUUAGUGACGUGGUAUCUUUGGUGCUAAGUGACAGUCACAUGUUGACCAUGUACGAACUGCAUAUGUGCUCCUGUAGGGUGUGUCCCAUUUAAUGAAAAGUGUUCUGUUUUGUUUUUUCUUAGUGUUUAACAUAAACCAAAAGCUAACACACCAGAGAUGCAAAGUCUCACAUUUGUGGAACUCUUAAGGGGUUAUUUCAUAGGUGUUGAUGCACUCUUUUUUUUUAUGACUAUCCAACAGCAGAGCACCUUUAAUAAAUGUAUAAGUAGUCUAGAUGUUAUGAGACACAUAAAUAUAGGAUGAAUGUUUACGAUAAAUUGAUUUAUUUUUAAAAACUGUUAAUCACAAGUUGAAAUAUUUUUGAAAAAGCUGUGGCAAAUAAAAUAGCUUUAUGAAAA